AUGGGACCCCGGCGCCUGGCGUUGUUGCUGCCUCUGCUGCUCCUGCUUCCGACGGAUUCUAAAGGUGCUUUGGGAAAAACCCAUUCUAGGAAUCGAAGAGGAAUCCUUGAAUUAGCUGGAGCCAUUAAAUGCAGCACAGGACGCUCUCCUUUUGCUUAUCUACGUUAUGGAUGCUAUUGUGGUCUGGGAGGGCAUGGCUGGCCUAAGGAUAAAGUAGACUGGUGCUGCUUUAAGCAUGACUGCUGCUACAGUAAGGCAGAGCAAGCAGGCUGUAAGCCCAAGAUACAGAGCUAUAACUGGGAAUGUGAAGACAAUGCUGCUGUGUGUGAUUCACUAGAAGAUAAAUGCCAAAAAAUAAUGUGUGAAUGUGACCGCAAAGCUGCCAAGUGUUUGGCUAAAGCCCCUUAUUACCCAAGGUACAUUUUCUGGCCAGAUUUUGUAUGUGGUAACAAUCACCCAAAAUGUAAGUUUUGGUGA